AUGGAGGGGAGGUCCUGCAGCCGCACGCUGGAGUCGGAGAGCAAAAUGCUGGAGAAGAUUCAGAAGGCACUCACGAUUCGUAGCAGUACCAUCAGGGAGCUGCUGGCAGAAGCACUGGGGAUGUUCAUCCUCAUGGUCUUUGGCUUGUCUUCUGUGGCACAAGUGGUAUUAGGAAGAGGAGACUUUGGGCAACACCUAAGCAUCAAUUUGGGAUUCGGCAUUGGUGUUACACUGGGCGUCCACGCGGCAGGAGGGAUCUCUGGAGCUCAUCUGAAUGCUGCCAUCACCCUCACACACUGCCUUCUAGGAAACCUCCCCUGGAGAAAGCUCCCAGCUUAUCUGAUGGGUCAGUUCCUGGGCUCCUUUACAGCGGCAGCCACUGUCUUUGGCCUCUACUACGAUGCUCUGCAUGACUACACCAAGGGGAACUUUACAGUGAUGGGACCAACUGCCACGGCGUCGAUCUUCUGCACUUACCCUGCACCCUAUGUAUCCUUGCUGGGGGGCUUCUUCACGGAGUUUAUUGCAACGCUGAUGCUGCUCCUGGGCAUUCUGGUCAUCCAUGAUGAGAAAAACAACGGAGCCCUGAAAGGCACGCAGGCCCUGCUCACGGGAAUCCUUGUCCUGGGCAUCGGACUGGGGAUGGGGAUGAACACAGGCUACGCCAUAAACCCCUCCCGGGACCUGCCCCCCAGGGUCUUCACAGCAAUUGCUGGCUGGGGAAUGGACGUCUUCACGGCUGGGCAUCACUGGUGGUGGGUCCCACUCACAGCGCCAGUUCUGGGAAGUCUUGCUGGUGUUUUAAUCCAUAAACUCUUCAUUGAUUUGCACAACCAACCUGUCCCAAACAGCGGAAAUGAGAAAGGACAGCCAGUGGUGGAGACCUCUACGCUGUGAUGGCCACAUGCUCCGAAGAAAGGGCCUGACAGCAAAGCCUAUGUGGACAUACGAACUGACAGCCAAAGUAUAACUACGGGGAUAAAGGGUAACCAAGCGGAUAAAGGCAUGUGCAAUGGUGCUGCUGGAGCACACCGUUUCUCCACCCUGCAGGUGGAGAAAUGAGGGACUAGUCUUCAAUAAACCUGUCCUGCUUAACCAGA